GUGACUUGGGAGACACAUUUGCCCACGGCGUUCCUAUUGGUUUAUUAGUGACGUGAUGACACGGAGGAGUUGGGCUUAACAUUUUAUAAAGCUUCUCUGUCCGCGGCGAGCCACUCUUUUAAAGACCACUGUGGUUGAAACUUCCUCGUUCCGCAACUCAUCUCCGGGAGAAGAAGGCGAGAGAAACCCACCUCGACGUCCAUCAUGAGCGAGAGACAAGGAUCUGGAGCAGCUGCUGGCAACAACAAGACCUCUGGAGGACAAGAUGUGUCCAAGACGGACGUCCCAGAGGACUUUGACAUCGACAUGGGAGCCCCAGAGACCGAAAAGGCAGCGGUCGCCAUCCAGUCCCAGUUCAGGAAGUUCCAGAAGAAGAAGCGCGAUGAGAAAUCAUAGUGAGCGCCAUGUUGCUCUGCCACUGUGUGAAGGGACGGCAGACGGAAAGUGACGGCACAGUGACGAUGGUGUGACAUUUGCAUGUAAACAAAUUCAUACCGGUUGGAACUCCAAGGGUUGUGAUGGGAUUUGGGAGGGGGGGAGUGAAUGCAAUAGCCUGUUAAUCACAUGACAUGUCUGUGAAUUUUCAUUAUUAUAAUUACAAUCAUUUAUUAUUUGACUGCUGUAUCAAUAAACAAGUAACGGGAAGAGUUCUGAAGAUAGGGUUUCUGUCCUGCCAUGUAUGUUCCAUAGAUCAUGAAGUCUAGCUGGUGUUUGUGUUAGAAUAUGUUUUUGUACUCAUCCUCAUAGUUAGACCUUCACCAUCCCUUUCUGUACUGCUUAGGACGAUGUUUCCCAAAAACUGUACUUUGUGAGUAGAUGGAGCGAAAGCUGAUGUUAGAGUAAAGGUUGUUUUCAGGAAACUUAACCUGGAGCUUUCCAUCCUGACCAGAAUAUAUCACCCAGAGGCAUUUUUCUUACCUGCAUGGUACUAUCAAACUGUGUAUCAAUGUACAUUGAAUAAAUAAAAUCUCUGUGUGGAAA